AUGCCCGUGCCCGACUAUGCCAAAGUCGCCAAGGAGGGGAAAGGCUCACACCUGUCGUCCUUCGUUCGCUGGGUGCAACUGAAAAAAUACCAAUAUGAAGUCACUUUCUCCCUCUAUAUGCUCACGCCGACCGAGAAGUUCAUCUUCAAUUUGAUCCUUUUCCUGCUGGUCUCCAUGCUGGUCACUGCUGCGACGCUCUACCUUCCCAAUCACGUCGUCGUCAUUUACCACCGCAUCUGUUAUUAUAUUUCUGGUGAAUUCGCCUACAAGACGUCGACAAACCUCUCGGGGGAAGCGUUAACUCUCGCCGCAGAUGGGCUACGCAUUACUGCAGACGCAGUAGAUUCGGUGGUGACUCCAACGUUGCGCGUGGUUGAAUCAGCCAGGGAAACGUUAAAAGAGCUUUGA